UCCUAUACCUCGUACCCACACAUGGUUUCCAUAUUUCCUACCCACACACAGUUCCUAUACUUCCUAUCCACACAUGGUUCCUAUACUUCCUACCCAGACAUGGUUACUAUACUCCCUACCCACACACAGUUCCUAUACUUCCUUCCCACACACAGUUCCUAUACUCCCUACCCACACAUGGUUCCUAUACUUCCUACCCACACAAAGUUCCUAUACUUCCUUCCCACACAAAGUUCCUUUACUUCCUACCCACACAUGGUUCAUAUACCUCCUACCCACACACAGUUCCUAUACUUCCUACCUACACAAGGUUCCUAUACUUCCUACCCACACACGGUUCCUAUACUUCCUACCCACACAAGGUUCCUAUACUUCCUACCUACACAAGGUUCCUAUACUUCCUACCCACACACGUUUCCUAUACUUCCUACCCACACACGGUUCCUAUCCUUCCUACCCACACAUGGUUACUAUACUUCCUACCCGCACAAAGUUCCUAUACUUCCUACCUACACAAGGAUCCUAUACUUCCUACCCACAGGUUCCUAUACUUUUACCCACACACGGCUCCUAUACUUCCUACCCACACACGGUUCCUAUCCUUCCUACCCACACAUGGUUCCUAUACUUCCUACCCACACAAAGUUCCUAUACUUCCUUCCCACACACGGUUCCUAUACUUCCUACACACACAAGGUUCCUAUACUUCCUACCCACAAAAAGUUCCUAUACUUCCUUCCCACACAAGGUUCCUAUACUUCCUACCCACACACGGUUCCUAUACUUCCUACCCACACACGGUUCCUAUACUUCCUACCCACACAAAGUUCCUAUACACCCUACCUACACACGGUUCCUAUACUCCCUACCCACACACGGUUCCUACACUCCCUACCCAAACACGGUUCCUAUACUCCCUACCCACACAAGGUUCCUAUAAUUCCUACCCACACAAAAUUCCUAUACCUGCCUCCCACGCACGGUUCCUAUACUUCCUACAAACACAAAGUUCCUAUACUUCCUACCCACACAAAGUUCCUAUACUUUCUACCCACACACGGUUCCUAUACUCCCUGCCCACACACGGUUCCUAUACUUCCUACCCACAAAAAGUUCCUGUAUAAGGCUUAUAUAAAUAAUAGCUUUUAAAAUGUUGUAAGAUAU